UCAUGCUGCCAGAAACGGAGGAGGACAUGGAAAGAACUUGAAAGAAACAAAACAUCGUGUCUCGGCUCUUCAUGGAGGAGCAGAAAGCCAUAAAUCUACACUGAGCGACUGUGGGCAGAGAACUGGGAUUUCAAGCACAACAGAGUAACUGUGUCCCAAACCACAUCAUUUUCACUAUGUAGUGCACUAGUUAGUGCCAUUCCUUUCUUCUAAUCACGGACGAUCCUGAAGGUGUUAUACCUGUGCAUCUAGCUGACUUCACUAAACCCAGCAUGUGAGAUGAAGGAGAAAUGAGAAACCACUAAACGCGCUCCUCUUAUACAAAGCAUCGGCCACUGAACGUUCCUGUCAUGAUGAGCGCUUCCAAGCCGGACAUCCUGUGGUCGCCGCAUCACGCCGACCGCUUUGUUAUCUGCGACUCUGAGCUGAGUCUGUACCGAAUCGGCGCUGUCGGCACCUCAGAGGCUAAAGCUGGCGCGCUGCCUUUAUCCGAGGAGACGGCGGCGACGCUGCUGGCCAUUAACUCCGACACGCCGUAUAUGAAAUGCGUAGCCUGGUACCCGAAGCACGAGCCGGAGUGUUUGCUCGCUGUGGGCCAGGCUAACGGUCGAGUGGUGCUCACUAGCCUUGGACAGAGCCACAACUCCAAAUGCAAGGAUCUGAUGGGGAAGGAGUUUGUACCUAAGCAUGCACGGCAGUGUAAUACGUUGGCGUGGAACCCAGUGGACAGCAACUGGCUUGCUGCGGGACUGGAUAAGCAUCGAGCUGAUUUCUCCGUUCUGAUUUGGGACAUCAGUAGUAAAUAUUCUCCCGAAGCCAUACCGGCUGAGAAGCUCCGUCUUUCUGGAGAUGCCGAUUCUGGCAUGGUGGUGACAAAACCACUGUAUGAGCUUGGACAAAACGAUGCGUGUUUAUCUCUUUGUUGGCUGCCUCGUGACCACCCGAAGCUUUUGCUCGCCGGAAUGCAUCGCAACUUGGCCAUUUUUGACUUGCGCAACACCAGCCAGAAGACCUUCGUCAACACCAAAGUCGUGCAAGGCGUUGCGGUGGAUCCGCACUUCCCUGAGCGUGUGGCGUCCUUCUUCGAGGGCCAGGUGGCCAUCUGGGACCUGCGGCGCUUUGAGAAGCCAGCGUUUACACUCCCUGAGCAAGCCAAGCCGCUCACCAAAGUGGCAUGGUGUCCGACACGCACCGGUCUUCUGGCUACGCUGACACGUGACGCCAACGUUGUGCGCCUCUACGACAUGCAGCACGCCCCCACAGGGCCCGUCGGCUCAGACGAAAGCGAGCCCACGGUGAUCGAACGAGGCGUGCAACCGGGCGGUGGCGCUGACGGCGUCAUCAGCAGCUUCGCCUGGCACCCGUCUGCCCAAAACCGCAUGGUGGUGGUAGCACCCAAUCGCGCCAUGAGUGACUUUACUGUGUUCGAGCGCAUCUCGCUGGCCUGGAGCUCCACCACGGACCUUGUCUGGGCGUGCGGACGCCACCUAUACGAGUGCGCUGAAGACGUCAGAGACGGCGGCACCGCUGAGAAAGACAUCGCCACUAAAAUGAGGGAGCGUGCUCAGUCGCGCUACGGCCAUGACACCGUCCAAGUGUGGAGGAACCACCUGCUGGCUGGUGGGAACGACCCCCAGAUCAGGUCCCUCUGGUACACUUUGCAUUUCAUGCAGCAGUACACUGAGGACAUGGAGCAGAGACAGCAGGGAAAUAAACAGUCUCUGAUCUACUCAGGCAUCAAGAAUAUUGUCAAAUCCUGCUCUGGCACUACAGAGUUGCGGCGCUGCUGGAAGGGCUCCGAGAGGCCGACAGACGUGGCGCAGUACCACAGCGAGGAGCGCAGCCUGGCUCUGCAGCUGUGCGGCUGGAUCAGUCGCGGGCCGGACGUUGACGUCGAGCCCUUUCUCAGGUCUCUGGAGCAGGAGGGAGAGUGGGAGCGAGCCGCCUCUGUGGCCCUCUUCAACCUCGACAUCCGCCGGGCCAUCCAGAUCCUCCAUAAAGGAGCUUCAGCAGAGAAAGCUGACCUGAACUUGAACGUGGUGGCCAUGGCUCUGUCGGGAUACACGGAUGAGAAAACAUCUCUGUGGAGGGAGAUGUGCAGCACGCUGAGACUGCAGCUGAAGAAGCCCUACUUGUGCGCUAUGUUCGCCUUCCUCACCAGUGAACCGGGGGCGUACGACGCAGUGCUGUAUGAGAGUCGCGUGGCUGUGAGAGACAGAGUGGCCUUCGCCUGUAUGUUCCUCAACGACAGUCAGCUGUCACGGUACAUUGAUAAGCUGACCAAUGAGAUGAAGGAGGCGGGGAACCUGGAGGGCAUUCUGCUGACGGGGCUGACGAAGGACGGAGUAGAUCUGAUGGAGAGCUACGUGGACCGCACAGGAGACGUGCAGACCGCCAGUUUCUGCAUGCUCAGGGGCUCGAGUGCUGAAGUGGUGAAGGACGCGCGUGUACAGUGCUGGAUCGAGAACUACCGCAACCUGCUGGACGCCUGGAGGUUCUGGCACAAACGGGCCGAAUUUGACAUCCACAGGAGCAAACUGGACCCCAGCUCUAAGCCUCUCGCUCAGGUGUUUGUGAGCUGUAACUUCUGCGGGAAGUCCAUAUCGUUCAGCUGCUCCACCGUGCCCCACCAGGGCCGCGGAUUCAGCCAGUACGGGGUCAGCGGCUCGCCCACCAAGUCAAAGGUCACCAGCUGUCCUGGCUGCCGAAAACCGCUGCCACGCUGCGCCCUCUGCCUCAUGAACAUGGGAACGCCAGUGUCCUCCUGCAUAGGUACGGGAAAGUCUGACGAGAAAGUCGACCUCCCGAGAGAUAAGAAGCUCGCUCAGUUCAACAACUGGUUCACGUGGUGCCACAACUGUCGCCAUGGAGGCCACGCUGGUCACAUGCUUAGCUGGUUCAGAGACCACAGCGAGUGCCCGGUUUCAGCGUGCACGUGUAAAUGCAUGCAGCUGGACACGACGGGUAACCUGGUGCCCUCAGACAAGGUGUAGCCCUGCAGUGGUCCAGUCCUGCAGCCUGAGCAAGCGCAUCUACACCAG